UCUUGGAUGCUAUUUGAAUGAAUGACUGGGGGCAAAAACCACCUCAGCAACAAUCGUCAUCGUAUUUGACUAUGCCACUAGUGGACUCCAUCCUUGUGGUUGGUUUCUUUCUUUAGCAACACCCGCAGUGGAGCCAAAGAUCGGCCACAGAGGAGGCUUUGCAUUGCGACGCCUGUCUGGAUCAACAACCCACAGCCUUCGCUCGUUGAGCUUUUUUCUGUUUUUCUCCCUUGUUGAUUCGCAUUUUCACUUUCUUUAUUUAUUCCCACUCAUAUUCCUUCUUGUUGGUUCAAGGGAUAUCAAAAAUUUUAUUCAACCACCUCCUUCACGCGUGGUGGCACUGACGACAAGUGGAUCUUUGUUUUGUUAUCAUAUCAACAUCCAUACAUAUUAUCCCCCACACGAGCCAAAGAAUUAAUUAAUAUCGAUUGAUUACUGCUUGAUCCAAGCGCAUCACCACCUUGACUCAAACAGAUAUCAACAUGCGAUCCAAACCCAGAUCCGUGAAACCAUCGGCGUAUCCUGCAAUACCAUUUCAUGCCAUCCGCGCUGUGGGCUUUAUCUCUACUCUGGUCGUCGGUAUUAUUCUAGCCGUCUUCAUCUACAACCUCCACCAAGGUGGCUUCAAACUUCCUUGGGCAUUCCUGGUCUUGCUGAUCACCGUUAUCCUUUCCCUUCUUAAUUACAUCCUGACUACCAUAACCCACUGCUGCUAUGGCCUCUCACCGCGCCUAUCACUCCUAUCGAAUACGAUCUGUCUUCUUCUCUGGCUCAUCUCCCUCGGCCUCCUGAGCUGGAGCAUGUCCCAAACGAUCUUGACUACCUGCAACGCCACGUACUGGGCUACUUCUACUGGUAUCACCGUUUGUCGGAUAUACAAGGCAUUGUUCGCCUUCACUGUCUUGGGGAAUAUCUCGUACAUCGCCGCCAUCGCCCUCGAUGUUAUCGUACGCAGACGUCAAACUCGUCUGGGCGAGUACGACCCCAUGGCCAGCAACCCAGCCUUGAACGAUUACAAGAUGCACGAUCGCAGCAGCAGUGCCUUGUCGGGAGGUAUGGGCCCUUAUGGUGGACUUGAUGAACAACAUCCCGCGCUUCGUUCGAAUCAUCACACGGAUGAUGUCUACAGCGAUAUCCCUGCUCCGGGUAAUUAUUCCGGUCAGGCGAUGCCCCCGCCCGUGUAUGGUGCCAGUUCCACCUUUGAGCAGCAUCAUGGUGGUGAGGCACAGGAUUAUUAUCAGCCGACGCCUACUCGUCCUCGUGUCCGAUUCAGCGCCUAUGGGCAUGACGGGUACAGUCACCCAACAGAGCAGACGCAUUAUGAUCCCGCGGCAUAUAGAUGAGCUCUUGCGGUACACACCAUUUCCUGGAUAUAACUGGACAACCACUGGGAAUUGUACAGUAUUGGGGGCUGUCUGGUUACAACGGACCUGGUAAUGUGUCGAUUAUAUGAAACUCGAUCUGAUGUGUUACGAUCUUGCAGUGAAGGGUUAAUACUUGUUUUGUCAGGGCGUAAUAGGUGUAUUGUUUAUAUCAAAGAUGUCGUCCUUUCUGUCAGUCUUAGAUGUUGUGAUCAUGAAUCAUGCCAGAUUUGUAUAUUUGUGGUAUUUUUCUCUCUCUAAAUAUUU